UUGUUUUUGCUCUGCGGCUGGGGCCGGGUCUCCGGGCAGAUCCACUACUCGGUGGUUGAGGAGUCAGAGGUGGGAACUGUGGUGGGGAACAUGGCCCGGGACCUGGGCUUGAAGGUGGAGGAGCUGCCGGGUCGCAGGCUGCGCCUGGGCUCCGAGGAGAGCUCGCGCCACUUCUCCGUGCGCCUGGACAGCGGCACGCUGGUGGUGAGCCAGCGGCUGGACCGGGAGCGUCUGUGCGGAGCAGCUGCCAGCUGCGUGCUGUCGGUGCAGGUGCUGACAGAGAACCCCCUGCAGCUCUUCCGCCUGGAAGUGGAGAUCCUGGAUGUGAACGACAACUCCCCGAGCUUCCCCACUGCUCAGCGCACCCUGCGCAUCGCCGAGUCUGCCACGGUGGCCGCGCGCUUCCCCCUGGAGAGUGCUCAGGACCCCGAUGUGGGCACUAAUGCUGUGAGCUCCUACAGGCUGAGCCCGAACUCCCACUUCUCCCUGGAUGUCAAGCAGCAGCCGGAUAGCAAACUCUUCCCGGAGCUGGUACUGGAGCGUGCCCUGGACCGGGAGGAGCAGCCAGAACUGCAGCUGGUGCUGACGGCCGUGGACGGGGGAAGCCCAGCCCGCUCGGGCACGGCACAGAUAACAGUCCUGGUCCUGGAUGUCAAUGACAACGCUCCCACCUGUGACCGCACCACGUACAAGGUGCGAGUCCCGGAAAACACACCUGUGGGGGCCGUGCUCCUCCGGAUCAACGCGUCUGACCCCGACGAGGGUCCCAAUGGGGAGACACAGUACUCCUUCGGGGUUCACACCUCCGACUCGGUGCGGAGGCUCUUCUCCCUGGAUCCCCACAGUGGUGAGGUCCGGGUGAGUGGGGCCCUGGACUUUGAGGAAUCACCUUUCUAUGAGAUCUAUGUGCGAGCCCAUGACGGAGGGGUCCCAGAGAUGGAGGGCAAUUGUGUUCUGCAGGUGCAAGUGGAGGAUGCCAAUGACAACCCCCCAGAGGUGCUGCUCACCUCCCUGCUGAAUCCGGUGCCAGAAGACACCCCACCAGAGACUGUCGUGGGGCUCUUCAAUGUCCGGGACCGAGACUCAGGGGCCAAUGGGGAUGUGAGCUUGCAGAUCUCCCCUGAUGUGCCUUUUGCCAUCAGGUCCCUUCAGAACCACUUCUCCCUGGUCACCCAGGAGAGCCUGGACCGAGAGUCCACCUCACAGUACCGAGUGGUGCUGAUCGGCCGGGAUGGUGGGUCUCCUGCCCUCACCACAACACUCACACUGCUCCUCAAUAUAUCUGAUGUGAAUGACAACCCCCCACGCUUCUUGCAGCCCUCCUACGAUGCCUUUCUCGAGGAGAACAACCCGCCUGGCUCCCUGCUGUGCACUGUCUCUGCCUCAGACCCUGAUGAUGGGGAUAAUUCCCGGCUUGUUUACUCCAUAGUGAGUGGCCAAGUGCAGGGUUCCCCCAUCUCUUCCUUCGUCCACAUCAACCCUGACAAUGGCAACCUCUACGCUCAGAGCACCUUUGACUUUGAGCAGCUGCAGGUUCUGCCGGUCUCUGUGGCCGUGCGGGACUCGGGGUCCCCCCCGCUCCAUGCCAAUGUUACUGUCUACAUCUUUGUGCUGGACCAGAAUGACCACCCCCCCACCAUCCUGCACCCUGCCAGUGACAGCGAUGUCUCAGCACCCCAGAGGGUCCCGCUGUCUGUCCCACCGGGCUCCCUGGUCACCAAGGUGACAGCGGUGGAUGCGGAUGCCGGGUACAACGCCUGGCUCUCGUACCGGCUGUUGCCACAGUCCACCGACCCCUCCUUGUUCCACAUGUCUCUGCACACCGGGGAGGUGCGGACGGCACGUGCCUUCCAGGACACCGACAUGGCAGUGCAGCAGCUCGUUGUCCAGGUGAUGGACAACGGCAACCCACCGCUCUCCACCACUGCCACCAUCACUGUGACCCUGGAGGAGGCAGCCCCGGAGGAGAGCUACAAGCCUCGGGACUUCCUGGCUGGUGCCAAGGAGAAGCCAGACCUGACCCUCUACCUGAUCAUCGCGCUGGCAGCCGUUAGCACGGUGGCACUGGCCACUGUCACCGUCCUGGCCGCCAGGUGCCUCCGGCGCAGGGGCCGCGCCGCCGUCUCACCCUACUGCUGCUGCUGGCUCAGCGAGUCGCCCUCCCGGGACUUCUUCAAGCACUCCAGCCCCAAGCUGCAGCUCAGCUCCGACGGCACCCUCAAGUACAUGGAGGUCACGCUGCGACCCACCGACACCCAGUCCCAGUGCUACAGCACCUGCUUCUCCCAGGGCUCCGAGGGGAGCGACUUCACCUUCCUGCGGCCUUCGGCGAGCGCUGAGCGCGGCCCCCGGCGCGGAGGGCAUCGCUGCCCGGCCGGCCACCCGGCAAGGAUGCCGAGGGCAGGGCAGGCGCGCCGGUCCCUGGGGCUGCCGCGUGUCUUCUCCUUCUGUUUGUUCUUGCACAGCUCCUCCGCUCAGAUCCGGUACAGCAUCCCGGAGGAGCUCACCCGGGGUGCCUUUGUGGGCAAUAUUGCGAAGGACCUGGGCACCGAUGUGGCGAAGCUGGCGGCAGCUAAUCUGCAGGUACUGUCCGAUUCGGAUUCCCAGUACUUCUCUGUCAACGUGAACACCGGUGUUAUAAUGGUCAGCGAGCGGAUAGACCGGGAGCAGCUCUGCGGGCAGAACCCACGCUGCUUCCUCCACUUGAAACUUGCCAUCGAGAACCCAGUGGAGUUUUACCGCAUUGAGGUGGAGAUCUUGGAUAUCAAUGAUAACCCCCCCGAAUUCCCCAGUGAGGAGGUUUCCCUGCGCAUCUACGAGCUGGCGUCUCUGGGUGCCCGCUUCCCCAUCCAGCCUGCCCAGGACCCUGACGUGGGCACCAACACCUUGCAGACCUAUCACCUGAGUGCCAACGACAACUUCAACCUCAACGUGAAGGCACGCACUGAUGGUGGGAAGUUCCCUGAGCUGGUGUUGGAGCGGGCCCUGGAUCGGGAAUUCAGAGCUUUUCAUCACUUGGUCCUGACUGCUGAAGAUGGGGGCUCUCCCCCACAGUCCAGCAAGAUACGCAUCACUAUUCAGGUCCUGGAUGCCAAUGACAACCACCCUGUCUUUGACAGACCAUCCUAUGGAGCCCGCUUGGUGGAGAACUCGCCGCUGGGCACCCUCGUGGUGAAGUUAAAUGCCACCGAUGUGGACGAAGGACCCAACGGAGACAUUCGCUACUCCCUCAGCAGCCACAACUCGGCUGCCUUACGCCAGAUCUUCGCCAUCGAUGAGCAAACUGGGGAGAUUCGUGUCCAGGGCAACCUGGACUUCGAGGAGGCGACGGUGUAUGAGAUCGAAGUGGAGGCCAAGGACAUGGGGUCGCCCACGAUGGAGGAGCACUGCAGCGUGGUGGUGGAAGUCACUGAUGUGAAUGACAACGCACCCGAGGUCAUUCUUACCUCCUUCUCCAGCUCCCUGAGUGAGGACGCCCUGCCGGGCACAGUGGUGGCUGUGAUACACGUCAGAGACAGGGACUCUGGGGAGCAGGGCAAGGUCCUGUGCCACGUGUCUCCGGAUCUUCCCUUCCAGCUGCGCAAGGACUACGAGCACCAGUACUCGCUGCUAACCAGCACCCGUUUGGACCGGGAACAUGUUGCCUACUACAAUGUCACAAUCUCUGCCUCGGACCUGGGCAAUCCCCCACUCUCCCGCCACACCAUCUUGCCAAUCACCCUGACAGAUGUCAACGACAACGCUCCCCAGUUUGAGCAAGCAUCCUAUGAAGUGCUGGUGGCAGAAAACAAUCCAGUGGGCAGCGUGCUGGUUACGGUCUCUGCUGCUGACCCUGACUCGGAGCAGAAUUCCCGCCUCUCCUACUCCAUCCUGCGAGCUGGUGGGACAGAUCCAGGCCUGGAUCCUACUCGCUACCUCUCCAUACAUCCCACGAAUGGGCAGGUCACUGCCAAGUUCCCUUUUGACUAUGAGCAAACCACCUAUCUCCAGUUCCACGUGGAGGUCUCUGAUGGUGGCUCCCCGGCCCUGAGGAACAGGACGCUGGUUCAUGUUUUUAUAGUGGACCAGAACGACAAUGCCCCACAGGUGCAUUUCCCCAGGGCUGGGGAGGACUCCGCUGCUCAGUUCCGAAUUUCCCCCUCCAUCGCCCCUCCUGCUCUCAUCACCAAGGUGGUGGCAAUAGAUGCGGACUCGGGGCGCAAUGCCUGGCUAUCCUACCACCUCGUGGAAGCCACAGACCUGGGGCUUUUCAGCGUGGCCCUGCGUUCCGGGGAGGUCCGGAUCACGCGGGCUCUGCAGGACACGGACGCCUCUGCGCACGAACUGCUGGUGGUGAUCCGGGACGCCGGGGAGCCCCCACUCUCCACAGCCGUCACACUGGUGGUGCUGGUGGAGGAGAAGGGUCCAGAGGCCCUGCAGGGCUCCGAGGGUCGGGCUGCUGACGGUGGGGGAUUGCCCACUAUCACGCUUUACCUGAUUGUAUCCCUAGUGCUCAUCUCCACCGUCUCGCUGGUGGGACUGGCGGUGCUGGGCGUACGGUGCCUCCGGCGGGGCUCUGCACCUGCCAACCAGGGCUGCUGCGUGGAGAGCGUGAACACGCUUCAGCCCCCUCCCAGCCACAUUUUUGGGCACUUGCACUAUGAGCCUAAGCAAGGGGACACCGUGAUGGGCGUGCAGGUGACAGCAACAGCUCCCCCCGCCCCGCGUUACCGCUCCUGCUUCUCGCCGGUCUCGGAUAUCAGCGAGUUCAUGUUUGUGAAACCCUCCGCGGAUCCUCCUCCCCUGUACAGCGAGCAAGCUCAGCCCAACACAGACUGGCGCUUCUCUCAGACCCAGAGACCUGGAACAAGUGGCUCCCAGAAUGGAGAGGAAGCUGGAGCCUGGCCCAACAACCAGUUUGACACGGAGAUGCUCCAAGCCAUGAUCCUGGCUUCAGCAAACGAAGCUGCUGAUGGCAACUCGACCCUGGGCGGCGGGAAUGGCACGAUGGGGCUGAGCGCCCGCUACGGCCCCCAGUUCACCCUGCAGCACGUCCCCGACUACCGGCAGAACGUUUACAUCCCGGGCAGCAACGCCACCCUCACCAACGCCGCCGGCAAGCGCGACGCCAAGAACGCCGCCCCCGCCGCGGGCAACAAGAAGAAAUCCGGGAAGAAGGAGAAGAAGUAGAGAAGAAGAAGGAGACCUUAGAGCUACAGGGCAGCCGGCUCCAGCACUCCCCCCUAAAAAAAAAAAAAUUCACACCCCAGAUGGGGGGACGAAUGUGAAUUUUUUUUUUUUUUUUUUUUUUUUUUUUUUUUUUUUGUGAUGCAAAAGUAGGAAAUGCUACGAAUGUAUCUCGUCAUCAUCAGGUCUGGGAGCAGGGACUCGCUGCUCUUAGACCUCGUGAUGGAAACCAAUCUGGAAGCUCAACCGAACACAAACAAGUGCCCUGUGAAUAAUGUUUUAUACGAUCCCUUGGGUAUUAGAAUAUGCAAGGGCGGAAGGUCUUUUGCCACGUCUUUGGAUCCGAUUUGCUCCCAGGUAGUCCGAGGCUUUGUGCUCGGCUUUGCCCAAUGUAAAUAAUUUUAAUGUGGAUCUUUUAAUUUAUAUAGCCCUUCAACUUUUUUUUUUUUUUUGUGGAAUGGAAAAGAAAGUUCUUAGCUUAGAGCCCACGCUCCAGUUCUUCGCUCUUAAAUUUUCCAUUCAUAAAAUUCAUCCCCCUCCCGCCCCAGAUAAUGAUAGUGAUGGAUUUUGGAAUUUGGAAGUUGGUAGGGAGUGCUUCAGUUCCUGCUUACCUGUCACCCAGAAAAAAAAAAAAAAAAGUGUUUAUAUUGCAUGAAUCAAGGGAAUAUGGCAAAGCUGCAUCCUAAACAUUUUUUUUGUUUGUUUGGGUUUUUUUUUUUAAAGUGUAACCACUAAUGGCCUGAAAUAUGAGAAAGUAAAAAGCCCUCCCGAUGUCUGAGAGGCAGGGAAUUCGAUAAGGAGCGUUGCCGAGGUGUGCGGCAGCUGCCCCGGCAGUUCUUAGGGGUCUCCGAAGAGCAGACACAUCUCAAACCUUCUUUGCAGUAAAUAUUUAUAUGUACAGUCGAUGUUCUUAUGGAAUUAAGGCUAAGAGAGCCUCGCUCCCCUGCGGCCAGGCGGGUGCCCGGCCGGGUCCCCCGCCCGAGGGGACACACGGGGACGACGCUUCACGUCUCUGCACAGUGUCUGCAUGCCCGUCCCUCACCUCACACCUGCACUAGCGCAGUAGCUCCACACGGACCCGGAGAAGUCCUCGCAUGCCCACGCAGCGUGGUGUGAACGCGCCGGCAGCCGCCCGAACCCCCGUGCCGGGGCUGCCUCGGGGGGGAAGGGGUGGGAAGGGGUGGGGUGGGACAGGCGGGGUGGGGAAACUCCUUGCUUCUUAUUUGGGGCCCCCAAAGGUAAUUUGGGGUGAUAAGGCAGUUUUUUAUAAGGCGGUCAUUUUGUGGGGGGUCUCGCCCGAAGGGGUGGGAUCCGCAGAGCUGCCCGUGCAUGGCUUUGGUGCAGAGUUGGUGAUUGAGUAAGUGAUGGUUGUUUUGGUGGCGCUUGGGGACCAGAUUCAGAGAAGGGACCCAAAAGCAGGGGGUGAUGCUGCAAAACCAGGGGCAAUAACUGUGGGAGUGUCGAAUGGGACCGUGUAGGGCCAGCCUGGAAGAAGUGAUGCUCCCGCUGGCUUUGGGCUUUCCACCCCACAGAGAGAAUCAAAGGAUGAGGGAUAGAGUUUCUCCAUAUGCCCAUCAUCCUUGCACCAGGCCAGCUUCCCAUAGCAAAGCAGCUCUGAGCCCUCCAGGGAGGCAGAGGGGGGCUUUGUGUAGCCAGAGUGAGAAGAGAGGCUAUGGGGUGGCCAGGAAGGGGCUGCACCGAGUUUCCCAGGGGGUGUGUGUUGUUUUUUUCCUUUUUUAAUCACUAACACGUAACUCACCCGAGCAGAUCCAGCCCUCUCAGCCAGGCUCACCCUACCCCAGCCCCCUCCCCAAACCCAGGGCAGCAGGAGCAUCCUCCGUGUCUCAUCCGGAUCCAGCCACCUCCAGCUCUGGCUGCACUGGGAGCGGUUCCCACCCUGUCCCCUGCAGCUGCCACCUGCCCCCCCUUCCCUCUAGAAAUGCUGUAGCUGAAUCGUAGUCUUUAUAUUUUCUUUUUAAUCUGCAAUCUGAGGUAGCGUAGUGAGUGUUGUGCAUUUAGUGGCGUGUUAUUUUUAAUUGCAGUAACUAACUUGUGGACAUCAGUAUUUUCAAUUUUCUCUGUAUCUUCUUUCCAUGUGGUCUGUGCUCCGAGUGUACGUGAAAUGAAAACACGUUUGCCCUUUCAAUGUGUCUAAUAUUGAAUUAUACUUAUAUAUUAUAUAUAUGCUUAUAUCCUUCUUAUACCCAUAUAGACCAAUGUCGAUGUGUUACACGCAAGUUUUAUACUCUAAUAUUUAUAUUGCUUUUUUUCUUUGGGAAAAAAAAAUAAUAAAAUGGUUUCUUCUGAA